ACAUUCAUUCACCAUUCACAAUACCAAGCAAUAAAAUAUAAUGAAUAUUUCCUGUAGGUUCAUUCUUAGGUUUUUAUUGAAAACGUUAAAACAUUGUUUUUAAAAGGACUAGGUUUAAUGUAAGACUGGGUUUAAUUAACAACGUCUGAAGACAGUACAAAUAGUUAUUGGAACAGACGAUAGCUAUUGAAUUCGACAUAAAGGUUUUGGAGACUUGUACAUAAAAAAAGUUAAAACUGUAACAGAUAUUUAAAAAAGGUGAAUUUCAGUUGCAAAAUAGUGAACGAAAGCAUAUAUCAGUUUUUGGUUAACUUGUGCUAAUUUUAGAUGGAUUGAUUAUUUGUGUUUAUUAAACCUAUACAAAGAUAUUUUAUCUAUGCAAUAUGAGUCGGAUAACAUUACGAGCUCUCUUUUGUUGUAUGCUAUUGUCAUCAAAUAUAUUAACGGAUGCAUAUGGAUUUAGCCAGCAAGGGGGAAAGAAAAGCAAUAAGAAAGAUGCCACUAGCCAAACAUCGUCAGCUAAAAAGCAUCUGAAACACGGUACAUCUGCUGUGCAUGACAAUAAAAAUGUAAAUAAUAGAACCGUUUCAAAGACAGAGCCACAUGUGAAAGACGCGGCCCAUGAAGUCAUAAAGGCAGAGAAUAAACUCAUUCUUGAAAUAAAUGAACUUAAACGAAUGCAUCAGCAACUUACUAAAGAGAGGUACAAAGAUCCAAACAAUGUUAGGAAAUUGCAGCUCUUGCAUCACAUUGAAAAGCAAAUACAGAUCCGUCAAAUGAAACAAAAACAAAGACAAAAUAAAAGUGUAUCAGGUCAAGACAAACAUGUGACAACAUCUGGGAAAGUGCAGUUGUUCGAUCCAAAGGAAACUUUAACAGCUGCAAGUUUAAAAAACUUAGGUCAGAGAAACGUGACGCAACGCCAUGUGCAGCAUAGUUCCGUGUCGCAAAAUCAAACACCACAACAUUAUGGAGUGAAUAAUCAAGAGCAGCAUCAAACGAAAACAAAUAACAUUUUGCCACAACAGUUAGUUCAACAACAUAACAACAUCGUAUCAGAAAAUCAAAUAGUUUUACCGCAUGGUGCAAGACAGGUUGUGUAUCCACAAAAUAUCAUACGAAGACCGAUUAUAGUGAACACACAUCAGUCAAUGGGAUCAGUUGCACAUCAAAUACCUUCACAGCAAGGUAUAUUAGUGCCUGUAAGUGCCCUUUCUUCGCAGCACAUUCUAAAUGGUCCAAGACUAAUGCAGGAUAAAAUAGUCUUGGUUAAUCCAAUGUUCAGUGACAAUACCUUACGUGUUGUUUCAAAUGAAGGCAUUGCAAAAGCAGCGCCUACAAAACAGUCGCCUAAACCCGUUCCCACUACUACAAAAGCAACGGCACCUACAUCGACAACAACAACAGUUGUACCAUCUACAACCGUUUCGACGCCAUCUCCUACCUCAACUAGUGUCCCAGAAGCGACAACGCCAUUAGACAUGGAAACAUUAAAACAGGAUUUACUACAAAGAACUAUGAAAAAGCAGGAGUUGGAGAUUAGAAAACUACAACUGGAAAUUCGAGCUCUCCAACGUGAAGAGAGAAACAGUUUUCCUGAAAUGGAAAAUGAAGACGGUCCUCAGCGGAGGCGUGGGCAAUUUGGGCAAAUACCACAGAUGCCUCCUUUUAUCCGGUGACUAGGCCCGGGGUAUUCUAAUCGAAUGAGCAAAAGAGGACACAUAGGUCAUCGCAGUAAUAAUUUAACUCCUAAUCAAAACGUUGUUAAUAUAGUACCUUUAAAAUUUAAUGAGAAAUCUAAGAAAUUGACUUUCAAGUUCCAGUUCAAGUACAAAUGAUUUAAUUAGAAAAAACUUUAUACAUACACUCUUUUUGUAGCAUCACUGUUAGAUUAUAUCAUUAGAAUAAAGUUUGAUUGCCCGCAAAACAAUUAAGCCAUCAUUUAGUUUAGUAUUAUUUCUACAGCAUAUGCUACAUUUUUUUGCUUAGGCCACACCAAAUUAAAAAGUUGUUCAUAAGAUUUGCCGCUCGUAUAUUUUCAGAAACGCACAAAAAAUUGAAAAGAUUCAAGGCAAAACUUUUUUGUGCGCUACUUUUUACGGACGUAACAGUGUACAAAUGCUUAUAAUUCCAGUCCCAGAUUGUUCUAA